CUUUUUACUGAUAUUAAACCAUUUUUACUCAGAUGCACACAUAUUCCCAGGUGGACGUGUCUUUUGAUGCCAAAGGAUCAAUUCAAGUGGUUUAUCCAAGCAAAUUACUCUGGUCUUCGAUAAAACAACCAGAUUUUUACCUUAACGGAAUCACGAAGUCCUUGAAUUGCCCUACAGCCUCAAGGCGGGUAAUUAGGUUGUCGUUCCUAAUCAUGACUUUAGAUGUUGAAGAGACUGAAUAUGCGAAGAAAAAAACACCAAGCCAAACGAAAAUCAAAAAAGUUGUGGUGCACCCUCUGGUCCUACUAGGAGUGGUUGAUCACUACAGUCGGUCAGGAAAAGUUACAAGUGGCCAGAAGCGAGUUGUAGGUGUUCUUUUAGGAUCACUGAAUGGAACUGUACUGGAUGUCAGUAAUAGCUUUGCAGUGCCAUUUGAGGAAGAUAUAUCUGAUCCUGAUGUAUGGUUCCUCGACCAUGAUUACUUGGAAAGCAUGUUUGCAAUGUUUAAGAAAGUCAAUGCUCGUGAAAAGAUUGUGGGUUGGUAUCACUCAGGUCCUAAGCUUUGCACAAACGACAUAAAGAUCAAUGAACUUUUCCGUAAAUACACUCCGAAUUCGGUAUUGGUUGUCGUUGAUGUCAGAAGAAAAGAAGUUGAUGGUUUACCAACUGAGGCCUACAUUGCUGUCGAAGAGAUUCACGAUGAUGGGUCACCGACAACAAAAUCGUUCGAUCAUCUUCGAUCUGAAGUGGAUGCUGAAGAAGCAGAGGAGGUUGGUGUGGAACAUUUAUUGAGAGAUAUUAAAGAUACUUCACUUGGCUCGUUGUCGCAAAGAAUUGGCUGCCAGUUGGACGGACUGUCAGGCUUGUUGAGACAAUUACACGAAAUUAGUGAAUAUUUGGAGUUGGUUGCUUCUUCUAAGCUACCGGUUAACCAUGGAGUAAUAUACCACUUGCAGGAUAUUUUCAAUCUGCUUCCCGAUCUUAAGCUACAUGAUACAGUUCGCGCUAUCCAUGUUAACACAAAUGACCAAAUGCUUGUUAUAUAUGUCGCUGCUAUAAUGCGAGCGAUACUUGCAUUACAUGACCUAAUCAGUAACAAGUUAAUAAAUCGUGAAACAGAACGAAACGAAGAAGGGUUAGGAAAUAAUACAGAUACAAAGAAAGCGUUACUAGGGUCUGGGGACCAAAGCAAACGUGCAUUACAUAAAAAUGAUAACUCAGAUGACCCAAAACCAGUGGAUUCUGCACCUAAAUCUAAUGACUCAGAUACUUCAAAGAAUAAAGCUGACAAAUGAAACUGAGAAUGCAGUGAUCUUGUUUGCGUACGCAUUUGCUUAUAAGACAAAUUAGUUGUAAAUGGUACACUUUAUAAGUGAAACGCUUUUGGAAGUAAUGCAGUAUGAUGUGAAAAACCAAUUUUUUAUCACGUCUUGUGUUAUUAUACAAUAAAGUAUUUCAUGAGAUGUGUUUAAAACAAUAUAAAUAUCACGAUCUCGCGCCUUCCAUUUUGGUAUCACUAUUAUAAUUUGGGGCUUAUUUAAUUAAUUUUUAUGUAGCUUGACUCCAUACCGUAUUUUUGGUACAAGUAUGGAAU